AUGAGAAUGAAUCCUUCGGCUCGCCUACUCAAGUUUUUAAAGCAACCAGCGCAAAUCGCCAAUGCCUUGGACUGGAAGAAGCAGACCAAGACCAUUGCUUCACUACACAUUGGUCGCCACCACAUCGGUGUGGCGAUUGCCCAUCAUCCCAGUUUGGGAGAAGAUGUGUCUAUACUGCAUCCUGUGAACUUGGAUUUGGUCACUCGAACCGAAACCAACAGAAGUGCUGUGGAUCCUGCUUCCGUCGACCGACUGGAACGGAUAUGUCACAAACACAACGUCGGCGGCUUUCUCGUGUGUUGGCCACUUCAAAAGGAAGGUCGUGCUGGAGCUUCCUGUGGAAAAGUCUUGCACACGCUCGAAUCUCUGGUUGAAGACACAGAUUCUGUCUUCACGCCGAGUCGCCCGAUUUGUUUGUGGGUUGGCGGGGAAGGAGAAGACAGUGCCGAGGCGGCAGCAACAAGGGAAGCAUAUGAAGAAGAUGAAUGGGGACGGGCAGCUGCGUAUUCUCGUUGCUGUUAUGACAAAACAAUCUACUUGGCGAGUAAGGAGAACUACUGUUUUUUGAAGGGGUCCAGUGAGUUUGCGGCUGUCACAUCCGACGCUUUCGCGCGGCAAUUUUGGCCGGAUGAAUUCGAAACCGAGCAAGAAGGACACUCUAUCAUUGAACCAGUUAGGCAUGGGAAAAGCUAUGAAACUGUGAAGGAGCUACUCAAGAGCUCUAUGGACGAGGAAUUGCCUUCUUACAGAUAUGCAUAG